AUGUCGACGCCACUCAUCCUCCUACCAGGUGAUGAGGUCCCCAACGACCGCCUUCCUCCUACCAAUGCCAAUCCUUUAAAGCUAGGCCAGGGCCUUCGUCUUCUUUCGCAGCCCUCAGCAAAACCUGCGGCAUUGAAUCAUGUUUUGACAGCAACUCAAGCCGGUCUCGUAUCGACCGAUGCCAAACGAAACACGGUUUCGCUUCUGUCUUUCUCCAACCGUCGAUACAUCCCUACACAUAACGACCUAGUCAUCGCGCAAAUCCACCACUCUAGCGCCGACUACUUCCAUUGUAUGGUGACCCCGCACACUGCCCAUGCUUUGCUAGGCCAACUGUCCUUUGAGGGUGCUACAAAAAAGACAAGGCCAAUGUUGAAGCAGGGCGAGCUGGUCUAUGCGCGAGUGUCGUCUGUGGGCAUUGGCGCAGGGGCUGAGGUUGAGCUUACGUGCGUCAAUCCAGCUACUGGCAAAGCAGAGCCAGGCGGUCUCGGUCCUCUUCUAGGUGGAAUGGUCUUCGACAUCUCGACAGGCAUGGCAGCGCGGUUGAUUCGGGCAAGCUCCUCUUCGGCUGAUCAUGGAAACGCUAUUGAGGGACUUGUGGUUCUUUCUGAGCUUGGGAGGAAGCUGGAGGGCCUGGGGGGUUUGAGAUCGCCGUUGGGCGCAAUGGGAAAGUUUGGGUGGAUUGCUCAAAUGCCGGCGAAAGUGCCAUCAAGGCUACUGUCGCCAUUGGCCGGUGCUUGCAGUCCACAGACGAGAAUAAUCUUCACCCCACAGACCAGAAGAAACUGGUGA